AUGAGUCAUGUUCUUUGGUUUUUUAUCCUAUGGAUAACAAUGAUUCUUUUCAUCCAUAAUGUGGAAGGAAGAUACCAUCAUCACAAGAAACCAAAGAAAAUUUCCCCUGCUCCAAGUGACCCUUCACCUCCUUCUCUCAAUCCUCCUCCUCCCAGUGUUCCUUCUGAUCCAUAUCCGUAUCCAAAUGACCCUGGAGAAUCUCCUUCAGACUGCAUUUUCGAUGUACGGUCGUUCGGAGCGGUCGGAGACGGUGAAGCUGAUGACACAGCUGCAUUUAGAGCAGCAUGGAAAGCAGCUUGUGCAGUUGAAUCAGGAGUUCUUUUCGCUCCCGAAAACUAUUGCUUCAAAAUCACUUCUACUAUCUUUUCAGGUCCAUGCAAACCAGGACUAGUUUUCCAAAUUGAUGGAACUUUGAUGGCACCAGAUGGACCCGAAUGUUGGCCUGAGGCAGAUAGUAAGAAUCAAUGGCUUGUAUUUUAUAGACUUGAUCAAAUGACUCUAAACGGGACAGGAAUUAUCGAAGGCAACGGCGAAAAAUGGUGGAAUCUUCCUUGCAAACCUCACAGGGCUCCUAAUGGACAAAGUAUUUCAGGACCAUGUGAUAGCCCAACAAUGAUAAGGUUCUUCAUGAGCUCAAAUUUGGUGUUAAGUGGGUUGAAAAUACAAAACAGUCCUCAAUUCCAUGUGAAAUUUGAUGGUUGUGAAGGAGUACUAAUUGAUAAAUUGUCCAUUUCUGCACCAAAACUUAGUCCCAAUACUGAUGGAAUUCACUUAGGAAACACAAGGGAAGUUGGGAUCUAUAAUUCCAUGAUAAGCAAUGGUGAUGAUUGCAUUUCAAUUGGUCCUGGUUGUUCAAAUGUGAAUGUAGAUGGUGUUACUUGUGCUCCUACCCACGGAAUUAGCAUUGGAAGCCUUGGAGUACACAAUUCACACGCAUGUGUCUCAAACCUAACCGUUCGAAAUUCGAUCAUAAAAGAAUCGGAUAACGGACUAAGAAUCAAAACAUGGCAAGGAGGAACAGGAUCAGUGACAGGUUUAACAUUUGACAACAUACAAAUGGAGAAUGUGAGAAACUGCAUCAACAUAGACCAAUUCUACUGCUUAUCGAAAGAGUGUAUGAACCAAACAUCGGCUAUUUACGUAAACAAUGUGUCCUACAGAAAAAUAAAGGGAACUUAUGAUGUUAGAACACCUCCUAUACAUUUUGCUUGUAGUGACACUGUUGCUUGCACAAACAUAACUCUCUCUGAGAUUGAGCUUUUGCCGUAUGAAGGUGAAUUGGUAGAAGACCCUUUUUGUUGGAACGCGUAUGGAAGACAAGAGACUUUGACUAUACCUCCACUGGAUUGUUUGAGGGAAGGCGAACCUGAAACUGUUGUGGAGCUCUCUGAUUAUGAAUGCAGUGGUUAA